UAGUGGUAAAGUCUAGAGUCGCUUGGAGUUCAUAUUAUAUAUUUUACGAAAGCCAAUAAGAGCAAGAAAAAGUGGAUUCUGCUAUCGUGCAUUCUAUUACAACCGUGAUGAAGUUAUAUUAAAAAAAUUCACUCAUGUUGGACGGAUGGUAUUGUCGAUCUAUUAUUAAUCAUAAUGUUAUUAUUGAUGAUGAUAAUAGCCAUGAAAAAGUCAUGUCUAAUUAUAAAUCUCGAUAUCGAAAUUUGAAACAAAAAUUUAAAUAUUUAAUAUAUGAAAAUGAAUGUUUUCAAGAAGCUUUACGUUCAACUCAACGACAAUUAUUGAAAGCUAAUAGAGAUAAAAGUUUUUUACUGGAUCGUUUAUUACAUUAUGAAAAACUUAAUACCUCAUUUAGUGAAAGUGAUGGUGAUACAGAUACAUCAGAAGAUGAUAUUUCAAGAACAGAAACGUUAAAACGGAAAAAAUCAGAUUUUAGUAUUGCCGGUGAAGCAUAUGUAUAUACAUCAGCAACUUCCAAAUCUUAUAACAGUAACAAAAAAAAAAAGACGAUAUCAAAAUCGACGAAGAUAAACACAAUUUCCUCAGAUGCAAACAAUUCACUGUCUUGUACUUUAAUAUCUGAUGGCCAUAUGACACCUGAAGAAGUAGAAAGACAUUUAGAGUCUCGCCAAAGUUAUUUAGAACUGGUGCCUGAAAAAGCACCCCCUACUGUGCCAACAGAAAUGUUCAGCAAUGAUGUAUCAUUAGAUAAACUAGAGUAAUCUCGUCAAAUUUUAAUAAUGUAUAUUUUAUGCAUAUAAAAUUAAUGUGUAACUGUUAGUUGUAGUUUUGG